AUGCAUCCUACGGGAGAGACAGCAUUGGCCAAUGGACAUGAUGGCUCGUCCUCGUCUCAGACAGACGACGAACCCACGAGUCUACCGGCUAUCUUAGACGCCGCGGCCAGGAGUCCGACAGGAAUCUGCAUCUAUUCCCCCGGAGAGACGAGCGGAAGUCCGACGCGAUGGAGCUACGCCGAUCUCGCUGGUCGCGCCCACGAGGAUGCAUCGUUACUCCUGCACCAGAUUGACGACAGCCCCGUGGUGCUCAUCCACCUGGACAACCAUGCAGACAACAUCCGCUGGUUCUGGGCAGUGGCCUACGCCGGUCUUCUCCCGGCUCUGUCGACGCCUCUCUCGCAAAACGCACCCCAACGCGCGCAACAUCUACAACAUCUCCACGAUCUGCUCGAAAACCCCGUAAUCCUGACCUCGGCCACUGUGGUCGCUCAGUUCCCGGAACUCCAGCAACCGCGCACUCUGACCAUUGAGCAAUUAGGUCACACGAAUCCUAAGCACGAUGCUACGACCGCGCGGUCGCGUCCGCGCCAGGGGACGGAGUCAGCAGUGCUGAUGCUUACCUCGGGCAGCACCGGUCAUGCGAAAGCCGUCUCCCUGACUGUGCCCCAAGUGGUAGCCGCCCUGCGAAGCAAGAGCCGCGCAGAGGCCUAUACCGGUCGCUCGAUCCUGUUGAACUGGAUCGGGCUGGACCACGUCGCCAAUCUGUUGGAGAUCCACCUGAAUGCGAUCUUCACUGCCUCGGAGCAAGUGCAGGUGCAGGCGCGAGAUGUGAUCGCCGACCCCUUGGUUUUCCUGCAGCUCAUUGAACGCCAUCGCGUGUCCCAUACCUUUGCACCCAACUUCUUCCUGGCUCUGCUACGGCAGCGACUUGCCGCUCUAGAGGAAACUGACGGGCGUCCAGCCAUUGAUCUCUCCUCGCUGAAGGCGAUCGUCACCGGGGGCGAGGCGAAUGUAGUCGAGCUGGCGCAGACGCUCACUCGGCAGCUCGCGCAGCUGGGCACCGUCGACUCCGUCCUCUACAUUGCCUACGGUCUCACUGAGGCCUGCGCUGCGCUCACCUACGGCCGGUUCGACCCCGUCUACGAAGCGCAGCAGGAACACGAGUUCGCCUCGGUGGGGACGACCGUCGACCACGCCCGGGUCCGUAUCCAACCCGCUCCAGGCGUCUCCGCCGCUCCGUCAGAGGUCGGGGAGGUCCAACUGUCAGGCCCCGUGGUCUUCAGCCAAUAUUACCGUUGUCCGGAGGCGACCCAGCGCGCCUUCACCCCCGAUGGCUGGUUCCGCACGGGCGACCGGGGAUAUCUAGACGCUGCCGGGCGACUCAACCUCGCCGGACGCGACAAGGAGAUCCUGGUGAUCAACGGGGUGAACUACUCGCCACAAGAGAUCGAGACGGUGCUGGAGAAGGCGCAGAUCCCGGGCCUCUUGCCCGCGCACUUUGCGGUGUUCGCCCACCGACCGUCAGGCAGCGACACGGAGGGCUACUGCGUGAUCUACAGCCCUAACAACCCCGUCGCCGACCCCAUCCAGCGUGACCGCACCGCCGAGAGCGUCGCCAGCAUCGCCAGCACCAUCCCCCACGUCCGCCCCAGCUGGGUCAUUCCCGUGCCUGCCAACCGGCUCCAGAAGUCCUCCCUGGGUAAACUCUCCCGCACGAAGCUCCAAACCGAGUUCCUGGCCGGGGUCUUCGACGCGAACAUGAUCCGCUCCCAGGGCCCCAUCCAGUCCGCGCGCGCCACCCCUCGCCAACCCCCCACCACGCCCACCGAAUCUGCCAUCGUCGCUGUGCUCGAGACGAUGCUCGACCUCCCCGCCGCGGUUAUCUCGGUCGACAAGACCAUCUUCGAGCUGGGGGUGACCUCCAUCACGCUGUUCCGGUUCGAGCAGCUGCUCCGCGCUCGGCUCGGCUUCGCCGCGGGCGUCUCGCUGAUCACCUUCCUCAACAGCCCCGUGGUGCGCAACAUCGCCUACACGAUCGACCACGCGGCCUCGACGCAGUACAACCCGGUCGUGCCGCUGCAGCCGCGCGGCGACAAGCCGCCCCUGUGGCUCGUCCACCCGGCCUCGGGCAACGUGCUGGCCUUCCUGCCGCUGGCGCGCACCCUGACCGACCGACCCCUCUACGGCCUCACGGCACGGGGGCUCGACAACCACGGCCAGCUGUUCGAGAGCAUCCCCCAGAUGGCGGACACCUACUACACGCACGUCAAACGCGUGCAGCCGCGGGGGCCGUACGCCUUGACGGGGUAUUCGCUGGGGACGACCGUGGCCUUCGAGCUGGCCAAGCGACUCGAAGCCCACGGCGACGAGGUCGCCUUCUGCGCCGCCCUCGACUCGCCGCCGCACAUCAUCCCGCUGGUUCAACAUCUGGACUGGACGCGCGCCGCGAUCCGCGUGACCUAUUUCCUGGGCCUGAUCCCCCAGGACUCGAUCCCGCGCUACGAAUCCGACCUCGCCGACUUGCCCCGCGAUCAAGUCAUUGCCCGGUUACUGGAAACCGCCUCCCCGGAGCAGCGCGCGAAGCUGAACCUCACCCCGGAGCAGCUCACGGCCAUCGUCUACGUGACGGACAACUUCGGAGAGAUGGGGCGCAAGUACGUGCCCAGCGGGACGGUGCGGAAGAUGGACGUGUUCCACUGCAUCCCGCUGCAUUCGGUGUGCGUCGACCGCCGCCAAUGGGUCGAGGGGUUUCUGGGGGCCUGGCGGCAUUUCUCCCGCGAGGAGGUCGGGUUUGUGGAGUGUGAGGGCGAUCAUGCCGAUAUGCUGAAUCCGCAGUUUGUGGAGGGAUUCGAGGCGAGGUUGAGGCGCGUGUUGGAGGAGAGGGGGUUGUAG